CUGAGGAAUGCUUGGGACCAGAUCAACUGCAGGGAGUCGGGUACAAUACAGUCUGGUCUCCUUAAGCCCCUUCUCCCUGCAACAUGGGGAAGAACAAACUCCAUCCAAGUCUUAUUCUGCUCCUUCUGGUCUUCCUGACUACAAAUGCCUCUGUUUCUGGACAAACGCAAUUUAUGGUGCUGGUCCCCUCCUUGCUCCACACUGAGACCCCUGAGAAGGCCUGCCUCCUUCUGAGCCACCUGAAUGAGACAGUGACUGUAAGUGCUUCCUUGGAGUCUCUCAGGGAGAACAGGAGCCUCGUCACUAACAUGGUGGCAGAGAAGGACUUAUUCCACUGUGUUUCAUUCACUGUCCCAAGAUCUUCACACAGUGAAGAGGUAAUGUUUUUUACUGUUGAAGUUAAAGGAGCCACCCAAGAAUUCAGGAGGCAGACCACAGUGGUGGUUAAAAACCACAAGAGCCUGGUCUUCGUCCAGACAGACAAACCCAUCUACAAACCAGGACAGACAGUGAAGUUCCGUAUUGUCUCGUUGGAUGAAAAUUUCCACCCCUUGAAUGAGUUGAUUCCACUGGUAUUCAUCAGGGACCCCAAAGGAAAUCGCAUUGCACAAUGGCAGACACUCAAGUUAGAGAGUGGCCUCAAGCAAUUGAGCUUUCCCCUCUCCUCAGAGCCCAUUCAGGGCUCCUACAAGGUGAUGGUACAGAAGGAAUCUGGUGAAAUAACAGAGCAUCCCUUCACCGUGGAGGAAUUUGUGCUUCCCAAGUUUGAGGUGCAAGUGACAGUACCAAGGAUGAUCACUAUCUUGGACGAAGUGAUGAAUGUGUCAGUGUGUGGCCUGUACACAUAUGGGAAGCCUGUCCCAGGACAUGUGACUAUAAGCAUGUGCAGAAAGUAUAACAAUCCUUCUAACUGCUUUGGUGGGGAGUCACAAGCUAUCUGUGAGAAAUUCAGUCAUAAGCUAAACAGCCAAGGUUGCUUCUCUCAGCAAGUAAAAACUAAGGUCUUCCAGAUGAAGAGAGGUGGGUACAAAAUGGAACUUGAAGUGGAGGCCAAGAUCAAAGAAGAAGGAACAGAGGUGGAGUUAACUGGAAAAGGGUCCAGUGAAAUAACAACCACCAUAACCAAACUCUCAUUUGUCAAAGUGGACCCAAACUUCAGACAAGGGAUCCCCUUCUUUGGCCAGGUACGCCUAGUGGAUGGGAAAGGUAACCCCAUGCCAAAUAAACUUAUCUUCAUCAGAGCAUACGCUGCUAACUAUUCCUCCAAUGCUACCACUGAUGAGCAUGGCCUAGUGCAGUUCACCAUCAACACUAACAACAUUAAGGAUUCCUCCCUCGGAGUCGAGGUCAAACACAAGGAUGAUACCUACUGUUAUAGCCACGAAUGGCUGUCAGAAAAUCACGAAGCUGUUUCUCACAUUGCUAAUCUUGUAUUCUCUCCAAGCAAAAGCUUUGUCCAGCUUGAGACCAUACCUCAUGAACUGUCCUGCGGCCAAACUCAAACAGUCCAAGCCCAUUAUGUUCUGAAUGGACAGGUUCUGCAGGAGCUGAAGGAGCUCAUGUUCUAUUACAUGGUAAUGGCAAAGGGAGGCAUUGUCCGAACUGGGGUUCAUGUACUGUCUGUGGAGCAGGGAGACAUGAAGGGCCAUUUUCCUGUGUCAUUCCCUGUGGAAUCAGAUAUUGCUCCAGUCGCUCGAGUGCUCAUCUAUGCCAUUUUACCUGAUGGGGAAGUGGUGGGGGAUUCUGCAAAAUAUGAUGUUGAAAAUUGUCUGGCCAACAAGGUGGGUUUGAGCUUUAGCUCAGCACAAGGUCUUCCAGCCUCACAGACCCACCUGCGAGUCACAGCCUCUCCUCAGUCCCUCUGUGCCCUCCGUGCAGUGGACCAAAGUGUGCUGCUCAUGAAGCCUGAGACAGAGCUCUCCCCAUCCUCGGUUUAUAACCUGCUACCAGUAAAGGACCUCACUGAUUUCCCUAGGAGUUUGAAUCAGCAGAGGGAAGACAAUGGAGACUGUGUCAGCCACAAGGUCUAUGUCAAUGGAAUCGUCUAUUCCCCAGUAUCAAAUACAAAUGAAAAAGAUAUGUAUAGCUUCCUAAAGGAUAUGGGCUUAAGGGUAGUCACCAACUCAAAGAUUUAUAAACCCAAAAUAUGUUUACACUUUGAUGGCUAUUAUCUGAACAGUGCUCCAAGACUAUUAAGUUAUUCAGAUGUAAUGGAAAGCAACUAUCAUUAUGAAGCACACGCUGUAUUAGAGCAUUUCACGGAGACGGUGCGAAAGUACUUCCCUGAGACAUGGAUCUGGGACUUGGUGGUAGUAGACUCAUCAGGUGUUGCUGAAGUAAAAGUAACAGUCCCUGAUACCAUCACUGAGUGGAAGGCAGGGGCCCUCUGCCUGUCCAAUGACACUGGACUUGGUCUCUCUCUUCCUGCCUCUCUACAAGCCUUCCAGCCCUUCUUUGUAGAGCUCACAAUGCCCUACUCUGUGAUACGUGGAGAGGCAUUCACACUCAAGGCUACUGUACUAAACUACCUUCCCAAAUGCAUCCGGGUUCGUGUACAGCUGGAAGCCUCUUCUGCAUUCCUAGCUGUCCCAGGGGAGAAGGAACAAGACUCUCACUGCAUCUGUGGAAAUGGACGACAAACCGUGUCCUGGGCAGUAACCCCAAAGUCAUUAGGGGCUGUGGAUUUCACCGUGAGUGCUGAGGCACUGGAGUCUCAAGAACUUUGCGGGACUGAGGUGGCUGUGGUCCCUCAAUAUGGAAAGAAAGACACAAUCAUCAAGUCCCUUUUGGUUGAACCUGAAGGACUAGAGAAGGAAGUAACAUUCAACUCCAUGCUUUGCCCAUCAGGUGCUGAGGUGCCUGAUCAAUUAUCUCUCAAGCUGCCGCCAAAUGUGGUAGAAGAAUCUGCCCGAGCCUCCUUCUCAGUUUUGGGAGACAUAUUAGCCUCUGCCAUGAGAAACACACAAAAUCUCCUCAAAAUGCCUUAUGGCUGUGGAGAACAGAAUAUGGUCCUCUUCGCUCCUAACAUCUAUGUUCUGAAUUAUCUAAAUGAAACACAGCAACUGACUCCAGAGGUCAAGUCGAAGGCCAUUGGUUACCUUAAUACUGGCUAUCAGAAACAGCUGAACUACAAACACAGCGAUGGCUCCUAUAGCACAUUUGGGGAAAGCCAUGGCAGGAGCAUAGGUAAUACCUGGCUCACUGCCUUUGUACUGAAGACUUUUGCCCAGGCUCGAACUUACAUCUUCGUUGAUGAAGCACACAUUACCCAAGCCCUCACCUGGCUCUCUGCAAAGCAGAAAGACAAUGGCUGUUUCAGAAGUUCUGGGUCGCUGCUUAACAAUGCCAUUAAGGGUGGAGUAGAAGAUGAAGAGACCCUCUCUGCCUAUAUCACCAUUGCCCUUCUGGAGAUUCCUCUUCCCGUCACUCACCCUGUUGUCCGUAAUGCCCUGUUCUGCCUGGAGUCAGCCUGGAAGUCAAUCAAGGAAGGACGCCAUGGAAGCCAUGUCUACACCAAGGCACUGCUGGCCUAUGCUUUUGCCCUGUCAGGCAACCAGGACAAAAAGAAUGAAGUCCUCAAGUCACUUAAUGAGGAAGCAGUGAAGGAAGAUAAUUCUGUUCACUGGACACGACCCGAGAAACCCAGGGCACCAAGGGAGCAUUUUUACCAACCCCAGGCUCCCUCUGCUGAGGUGGAGAUGACAUCCUAUGUGCUCCUCGCUCACCUCGUGGGCCAGCCUGCCCCAACCGCAGAGGAGCUGACUUCUGCAUCACACAUUGUCAAGUGGAUCACAAAACAACAGAAUUCCCAAGGGGGCUUCUCCUCCACCCAGGACACAGUGGUGGCUCUCCAUGCUUUGUCCAAAUAUGGAGCAGCUACUUUCACCAGGACUGGGAAGGCUGUACAGGUGACCAUCAAAUCUUCAGGGACUUUUUCCAAGAAUUUACGAGUAGACAACAACAACCGCUUGCUAUUGCAGCAGAUGUCAUUGCCACAGGUGCCUGGAGAAUAUAGCAUGUCAGCAACAGGAGAAGGGUGUGUUUACCUCCAGACAUCCUUGAAAUACAAUGUUCUCCCAGAAAAAGAAGAGUCCCCAUUUGCAUUGGAGGUACAGACUCUGCCCCAAACUUGUGAUGGACCCAAAGCCGACAGAAGCUUCCAGAUCUCACUGAAUGUCAGUUACACCGGAAACCGUCCUGCCUCCAACAUGGCAAUUGUUGAUGUGAAGAUGGUAUCUGGCUUCAUUCCCCUGAAACCAACAGUGAAAAAGCUUGAAAGAUCUAAUAAUGUAAGCCGAACGGAAGUUAGCAACAACCAUGUUUUGAUUUACCUGGAUAAGGUGACAAUUCAGACACUGAGCCUGUCCUUCACGGUUGUACAAGACAUCCCAGUAAGAGAUCUGAAACCAGCCGUAGUGAAAGUCUACGAUUACUAUGAGACAGAUGAGUUUGCAGUUGCUGAGUACAGUGCUCCUUGCGGCAAAGAUCAAGGAAAUGUUUGAAGACUGCAUCAAUGGAAAUGGCUUCCCUGGAGUCCCUGUUCCACAAACUCAGGUCUCCAUGAAAGAAAAAAGUGUUUGUAUCUUUGAAGCCUCAAUGAAUAAA